CUCAUGCAUAUUAAUCAGACAGCGCCGACGUGUUUAGUAACCUUCCUAUGGCGGACGUCUCACUCUUGGAUAUUUAAUAAGGUAAUGGCGACCUUGCUUAGUAGUUCUCCAAUGGUGAAGGCUUGCUCAUGAAUAUUAAUCGAUACCCGUCAUCAUAGCAGGAUUCGCAGUAGCGUGAUGGUUUUUGUUUCCGCAUUCAAACACACAGCAGCACACGUUAUAACAUGGCUGCAGUAGGCAGCUUAGUGAACAGUUUGGCUUGUCUUUGGAGGCAGCAGUGUGCCCGUACUUGUUUACCGCAUUUGUUCUUUUGUAUUUCGUUUACAGGAUCGAUUUUGAAAGCGACGGGCCUCGUGCCGGAGAGCUACUUCAGUAACAGCAGAAAUGUUUUAAAUCUAUAUUUUGUGAAAAUUUCUUGGGGAUGGACCAUUGUUUUACUUCUGCCUUUCAUCUUUUACUCCAACCUUUACAACAGAAGCUACAUAUUUGUGUUGAGGCGGCUGACCUCACUUCUGGUGGCAACAUUCAUUUGGUACACCUGCACUGAGACUUUUUUCUACAUUGAAGAUAUUACCGGUUCAUGCUAUGAGUCAGACACCAUGCAACCUAUCCACAUUACCACAAAGGUGGCGUGCAAGAAGGCCGGAUUCAUCUGGGAUGGAUUUGACAUAUCAGGACACUCCUUCAUCUUGACUUACUCUUCUCUUGUGAUUGUGGAGGAAAUGGUGCCCAUGUUACACAUACCGCAGAGUGACAGAAACAUUCAUCUUGAUUGUUUUUAUAUAGCACUCAAUGCGAUUGUGGCCAUCUGGAUAUGGAUGUUCGGAUGCACUUCUGUGUAUUUCCAUGAUAUUAUUCACAAGGUUAUAGGGACGUUGUGUGGGAUAUUAGGGUGGUACGUGACUUACGUUGUUUGGUACCCUAUGCCUUUUUCUCCAGGUCUCCCUCCACAGCAGAAACAACAUGCUUAGUGUGAGAACUAAAUGCUACAAGUGCACUACAACAAGCUUCACUUAUCUUUUGUGAGAUCAAUGACAGAUUAGCCGUCCAAGUGAGGCGGCAGGCAGCUGGUGUUCCUAAAAUGACAAUCUGUAGUCUGAGAGGUCACAUCUGAACCUUAUUAUUGCCUUCAAACGUUUUGUGGCUUCAUACAGAGCUGGAAUAGUAAACCUGACAAUAACUUUAGCUUAUAUGGUAGUCUGCUGCUGCUUUCUGUAAUCAACCUGCAAUCAUCAGCUGAGCUGCCUUUUAACAGAAACGGUUCCUCAUGACACUAAUAUUUGUAAUUGGCCUAUUUAUUGAUUUUAAACAAAAAAUAUGAAAUCUGAUAAAUUUGAGGUCCGAGAAUUAUAGUGUGAUGCAUUUGUGUAAAUUAUAUAUUUGCAUUGUGUUUUAAUAGGACCAUUUGAUCUGUUCUGUUGUUCAUUCAUACAUGCCAUUGUUAGAUUAGUAGUUUGCAGUUGUUAUUCCUCAUGUCACUGAUGAAUGUUAAGAGUCUAAUCAGUUUGCCAAAGGAAAACUGACACCACCUGUUCUUAGAAACCCAAAAGGAUCUCAGAUAUACUGUUUAUAAUAUUAUAAGACUGGAUUGAUGUUUGAGCGAUGCAUUCAAAUAAAUAUGUGGCUGGUUAUAAGUA